AAAACGAUAGGUAAAGUAUGUCAAAAACAGACGAUUAGAAAAAAAUAUUCGUUAGAAUAAUUUUGAAUUGAGUUUUGUUUUUAAAUAGUGAAAUAAUCAUGGAUUCAGAUAAUAAAAAAUGUGUCAAAAAGACCACUGUAAUUCAGUUCCAAAAGUUAGUUGCUUCAAUGGAAGAAUUUCCUAAUCUCGCAAAAGGAAGCCCUACAUUUGGAACUAGCCGAGCUGCAGUGGAGGAAACAUGGGACAAAGUGGCACAUAGAAUAAAUGCUUACGGACCCCCGGAAAGAAAUGGAUCCGAGUGGAAAAAGAUAUGGCAAGAUUUAAAAUGCAGGUUGAAAAAGAAAAUUGCAGACAACAACAAAGGCCUUAAAGGAACUGGUGGUGGCCCAUGUUCUUUAAAUAAUUUAACGGCUUUGGAAUUAGAUAUCGAUAAGAUAUGCCACCUCACAUCAGCUGCCGCACCUGGUGGACUUUGUUUCGGAGUGCCUUCGUCAAAUAAAGUACUUGAUAUAUCGACUAACCAACGGGAAAUAACAACAUCAAACACAUCCAAAAGACAAAUUUUAUGCACACAGAACAAUAACAUAGAAUGUUAUCCCUUGCCCUCUAUACAAACCCCAAAUAUCACAGACAUACUAACUCUAUCACCCCCUAAACAACCAUUAAAAUCUCCGAUCCUUACUAUCCAGACUUAUGGCAAUUGA